CAAGAGCAGGAGGAGGAACGACUUCUCUUCCUUCUUGUUCUCUCUUCCCUCCCUAUGGAGGAAGAAAAGCGGAGGAAAACGAGGAGAGAGGAAGUCCUUUCCCUACUCUUGCGGCACCUUUUGUGGACGCCCUUACUUCCCUGCCCCCUCCCCGAUGUUUAUUCCAAGAUCUCUCAAAGUCAAACGAAAUGUUUCUGAUGAUGACAAGAGCUGUGUGGCUAAGAAACUUAAACCACAGGGAGAAAAGCUGUCAUCAGAAGAAGACAGAGAGAUUCCAAAUGUUGCCUUAGUGGGGGAAGAAACCUCAGCACCAUCAUCAGGGCAGAGCCCUGAAUUAGGCUCAUCACCAGAUGGCCACUUUGCUGCAGUUUGUUUAGGGGGGCCUGAGCAAAGUGCUGAAGACAGCUGUGUUCCAGAAGAGCCAAUAAAAUCUUUUGCUAAAACCCAGCGCUUGGCAGAACCAGGGGAGCCUGUCUGUGUUGUCUGCGGUCGUUAUGGAGAGUAUAUUUGUGAUAAGACUGAUGCAGAUGUUUGUAGCUUGGAAUGUAAGGCAAAACAUCUUUUACAAGUUACAGAAAAUGAAGAAAAAGUAAAGCUCCAAAAAGCCAUCUCUGACCCUGAAUCUCCCUCACUUGAUACCUUUUAUGCCUAUAAAGAACACUCCUUUAUUUUAAGCCUUCUGGAUGACCAGGUUGAGAACCUUAAGCUACAGCUAGGAAUUUCAGUACAGGGCCAGAAAGUUCCAAGGCCUAUCAUAGACUUUGAACAUUGUGGUUUUCCUGAAGUCUUGAAUUGCAACUUGAAGAAGUCAGGCUAUGAAGUUCCAACUCCCAUUCAGAUGCAGAUGAUUCCGAUUGGACUUUUGGGAAGGGAUAUAGUGUGCAGUGCUGACACAGGCUCAGGAAAAACGGCAGCUUUCCUACUUCCUGUUAUCAUCAGAGCCUUGGAAAAAAAUGGAACUCCAUCAGCACUUAUUCUCACUCCAACCAGGGAACUGGCCAUUCAGAUAGAGAGACAAGCUAAGGAGCUAAUGUGUGGCCUGCCAAACAUGAGAACAGUCCUGCUUGUCGGAGGUUUGCCUUUACCUCCCCAGCUCUAUCGCCUGAAACAGAAUGUUAAGGUUAUAAUAGCAACUCCUGGGAGACUUCUGGAAAUAAUGAAACAGAGCUCUGUGGAACUCAGUGGUAUAAAAAUAGUAGUCAUAGAUGAAGCUGAUACCAUGUUAAAGAUGGGCUUUCAACAGCAAGUCCUUGACAUUUUGGAAAACACUCCUCUAGAUCGUCAGACUGUUUUGGUUUCCGCCACAAUUCCAGCAAGCAUAGAACGUUUCGCAAGCCAACUUCUACAUGAUCCUGUGAGAAUUAUCAUUGGAGAAAAAAAUCUGCCCUGUCCCAAUGUCCGCCAAAUUAUUUUGUGGGUAGAAGAACCUUCCAAAAAGAAAAAGUUAUUUGAGAUCUUAAAUGAUGAGAAACUCUUUAAGCCUCCAGUGCUAGUGUUUGUGGACUGUAAACUAGGAGCGGACCUUUUGAGUGAUGCAGUUCAUAAAAUCACUGGGUUGCAAAGCAUAUCUAUGCAUUCAGAUAAGACACAAGUAGAGAGAACAAGGAUAUUGCAGGGAUUAUUUCAAGGAGAAUAUGAAGUCGUAAUAAGCACUGGAGUCCUGGGACGAGGACUAGACUUGAUCAAUGUCAGAUUGGUUGUCAAUUUUGAUAUGCCUUCUAGUAUGGAUGAAUAUGUACAUCAGGUUGGAAGAGCAGGAAGAUUAGGUCACAAUGGAACUGCAAUUACUUUCAUCAAUAACAACACAAAGAAGCUUUUUUUGGAUAUUGUGAAGAGAGUCAAACCAACGGGAUCCAUUCUUCCUUCUCAGUUACUAAACUCCCCUUAUCUGCAUGAACAGAAGAGAAAAGAACAGCAAAGAGUUAACCAGGCACAGGACACCGUAGUAACUGGUGAUAAUCUUAUGGACAUUAUUAAAAAACAUGAUAAAAGUCAUUCUCAGAAGUAACUAAUUGUGCCACUUUGGAUAAUCUUGUCAUUGUGCAACAGCAAUGAAAUUCUGCAAAUUACUAUCGUUUAGUGUCUGAAUAAACAGAGCGUAUUUGUAAGGUGAAGAUAUAGGGAUGAUUUUUGUUAUUGUUGAUUAUGUCAGACUUGGACAGCAGAAGUUGUACAUGGCUUCUUUUCCUUCAUGUAACUGCUAAAGAUUGCCAUUCUAUCUAUAAUGCGUGAGAUUGAAAACAAAGGAUCUGAUUUUGUCCUGUGUGCAGAAUUAUUUUGAGAAGAUUAAAAAUCUUUUUGCAUUACGGAA